CGGUGGCGCUCGAAUGAUCUGUUCGGAAUUCAGCAGAGGUACAAGUGAUGAAGAGUGACUGUAUAAGACAGUUUGAACCUGUUUUCAGCUUCUCUUUCUCAUCACACACAAACUGCAUGAAUGUUUGUUUAAAACAUCUGACGUGGAAUAAAAGCUUGCAGCCGGAUUUUGAGACGUGAUGGGCGGCGGAGGACAGCAGACGGAGCAGAUCUCCGGGACCGAACGGAGGUUCGGCACUUACACCUGGGAGGAGGUGCAGAAACACACAAAGCACGGUGAUCAGUGGAUUGUGGUGGACAGGAAGGUUUAUAAUGUGAGCCAGUGGGUGAAACGUCACCCUGGAGGAUUGAGGAUCAUCGGACACUAUGCUGGAGAGGAUGCGACGGAGGCGUUUACUGCGUUUCAUCCAGACCUUCAGCUGGUUGGGAAAUACAUGAAGCCGUUGUUAAUCGGGGAGUUGGAGGCUUCUGAACCCAGUCAAGACUGCCAAAAAAAUGCUGCCCUUGUGGAGGAUUUCCGUGCCCUGCGUGAGCGUCUGGAGGCUGAGGGCUGUUUCAAAACACAACCUCUAUUUUUCUUCUUACACCUGGGUCACAUCCUGCUCCUGGAAGUCAUUGCUCUGCUGAUGGUGUGGUAUCUGGGAACCGGUUGGAUCAACACAGCCAUUGUUGCUGUUUUACUGGCCACCGCACAGUCCCAGGCUGGAUGGUUGCAGCAUGACUUUGGUCAUCUGUCUGUGUUCAAAACCUCUCGAUGGAAUCACCUGGUGCACAAAUUUGUCAUCGGACACCUGAAGGGAGCGUCGGCGGGCUGGUGGAACCAUCGUCACUUCCAGCAUCAUGCUAAACCCAACGUGAUCAAAAAGGACCCAGAUGUCAACAUGCUCAAUGCGUUUGUAGUGGGAGACGUGCAGCCUGUGGAGUACGGGGCUAAAAAAAUCAAGAAUCUGCCGUACAAUCAUCAGCACAAAUACUUCUUCUUCAUUGGACCACCUCUCCUCAUUCCAGUCUAUUUCCAAUUGCAGAUCUUUCAAAAUAUGUUCACACAUGGUCUUUGGGUGGACUUAGUGUGGUGUGUGAGUUAUUACGUUCGAUACCUGCUGUGUUUCACACAGUUUUAUAGCUUGUUUGGAGCAGUGCUGCUGUUUAAUGCCGUCAGGUUCUUGGAGAGUCACUGGUUUGUAUGGGUGACUCAGAUGAGCCACAUCCCCAUGAACAUUGAUUAUGAGAAACACCAUGACUGGUUCAACAUGCAGCUGGUGGCAACCUGUAACAUUGAGCCGUCCUUCUUCAACGACUGGUUCAGCGGACACCUCAACUUUCAGAUCGAGCACCAUCUGUUUCCCACAAUGCCUCGGCACAAUUAUUGGCGAGCAGCACCGCACGUGCGUGCUUUGUGUGACAAAUAUGGAGUUACAUACCAGGAGAAGUCCUUGUACCGGGCCUUUGCCGACAUUGUCAAGUCGUUGGAGAAAUCCGGAGAGCUCUGGCUGGACGCUUACCUCCACAAAUAACAUCUCACUUCCAUUUACAUGAAAACGUUUUCCUCCGGUUAGAACCGGAACAUUAUUCACCAAUCAGAGUGAGCAUGUCAGAGGCAUCCCAAGAGACUGGCUGUGAUUGGUUAGUUUACUAAAUGUCAGGAAUUCUCGUACUAAACGAGCCAAUCAGCUCUCAAAUAUUGUUUUUAGCACCUUAUUUUUUUUGUCUGUGACUGAAGCGUAAUUGUGGCAAUUUGAAUGUGUUUCUUGAGAGUGAUCGGAGAUGUCUCGUUCUUAAUAAGGCUGUAUGGAAGGUAUGUGAUGGUCCUUGAAAGUCAUGUGAUUACAAUCGCUGCGUUAUAGAUUUGCAUAGUUGUUGCAAUAGAUGGACUGGACAUUUUUGAGACUUUUAAUCUUUUUAUUAGUAAUUAUAUUUCUCAAAUUUACAAUACAGUGAUUUGUUUUUACAGUAUAAAUAUUUUAAUUCAAUUAUUUUGACAAAAACUAGCAAAAGGGUAAUACUAAAAGGUUGUACUUUAGGUUUCAUGUGAAUAUUAAUUUGACUUCCUGCUACUUUUAAGGAUUACCGAUUAAAACUAAUCUCUGCAUUAA